CAUUUUGUGAAUGGACGCCUUUACAGUUGUCAGGCUUUAAGCAAACGGAAAGGAAGGCGAUUCUGACUGUAAUAAUCCCGAUUUACAACCUAUUUAACAUUCAUUUUAACCCAACAAAUUUACGCAGCAAGAAGUCAUUUAUAUUCGCGCGUUUUCGCCUCUAGUUGAUCAAAUAUGACAGAGGAGCAGACUCCGGGCGAAGAUCCGAUGAAGAAGACUGAGGAAGAUGAUGGAGAGGCUCUGGGUGAAGAGCAGAUCACGGAGGUCGGUGGGUCUGAUGAUGGGGGGCAAGGACAGACGGAGGGCUCAAAGAUAGAUGCCAGUAAAAAUGAAGAAGAUGAGGGGAAAAUGUUUGUCGGUGGGUUAAGUUGGGACACAACCAAGAAAGACCUGAAGGAUUACUUCUCCAAAUUUGGGGAGGUGGUCGACUGCACUUUAAAACUGGAUCCUUUGACUGGCCGGUCCAGAGGAUUUGGCUUUAUUCUGUUUAAAGAUGCCGAAAGUGUGGAAAAGGUGAUCACCCAAAAAGAUCACAAACUGAAUGGAAAAGUUAUUGACCCUAAGAAAGCAAAAGCCAUGAAGUCCAAAGAGCCUGUGAGGAAGAUAUUUGUUGGAGGUCUUUCCCCAGAUACGCCAGAAGAGAAGCUCAGAGAGUACUUUGACGCUUAUGGAGAGGUGGAAUCCAUUGAGCUGCCAAUGGAGAAUAAAACCAAUAAAAGACGAGGUUUCUGUUUCAUAAUGUUUAAAGCGGAGGAACCAGUCAAGAAAAUUAUGGAGAAGAAGUACCAUAACAUUGGUCUAAGCAAGUGUGAGAUCAAGGUGGCCAUGUCAAAGGAGCAGUACCAACAGCAGCAGCAGUGGGGUGGGAGAGGAGGAUACUCCUAUAGAUCCAGAGGGAGAGGAGGUCCCAAUCAAAAUUGGAACCAGGGAUACGGAAAUUACUGGAAUCAAGGUUAUGGAAAUUACGGAAACUAUGGCUACAACAAUCAAGGCUAUGGUGGAUACGGGGGCUAUGAUUACUCGGGUUACAACAACUACUACGGAUAUGGUGACUACAGCAAUCAGCAGAGCGGUUACGGCAAAUCACCACGGCGCGGUGGCCAUCAAAACAGUUACAAGCCAUACUAACGUUUAAACGCUACCAGAAACACGCAGCGGGGACUUCCUUGCAGGCCAUGAGCUGACUUCCCGAUUGUCUCACGCCCGCUCAUUGCGGACAGGGUACGAGAGGCGUACGCUCUCGAAUUCUCCCAUUUGGUAUGGUCUUCCAACAUCCUGUAUACGAAUUGUACAACAACUACAGCAACAAAAACCAUAAAAAGGACACCUCAAGCUUUUGUCUUUUAUUUUUAAAGGAAUAGUUUACCUAAAAAUUUUAAUUCUCUCAUCAUUUAUUCACUCCCAUGUCAUUCCAAACAUAUAUGACUUUCUUCAAAGUCCCCGUCAAGGCAAGUCAAUCCACUUGGCGGCCAUCUUUGGAACAUUCCCGGGCAGCUAUUUUCUAUGCAUACAAGCGGCAUAAAAGUACAGCUCCUAUCUACUUGAAUGGGGAAAGACAGAAAUCUCCAAAACAAUUAUGAUCGAAGAACAUAUUUCAAAUCAGCUGUUAAAUUUGACAAGAAUAGUACGAUAAAUUGUGCUUCUUUAGCUCAGAUCACACACACACCAAAAAGUUUUUCAGGCUGGUCCAGCUAACAUUCACGAGUUGACUGACAGGUAAUGUCUGUAUCUAAAAGUUGAUUGGCUCUUUUACCUUUAAGGCGGGACUUAUCCACCAUAUUGUUAUUCCAAUUCCUCCCGUUCAUUUUAAUACAAGUGGUCCAUCUCUGCUAAACUGUCUUUGUUUUCUUCCAUGGCACAUACAAUUACUCAAAAAGCUUCAAAAAGGAUGCAUAAUAUAUUUAAAGUAGGGCUGUCAAUCGAUUAACAUUUUUAAUCGAAUUCAUUCGCAUAAAAAUGUUUUCUGAGAAAUCCCUCAAAUAACAAUAUUUCAAUAUUUAAUGAAUAAAUAACUACAAAUAGUUAUAUUUAAAUUAGAAAUAAAAUUUGUAUUAUAAAAAGAAAUACAGAUAAUUUAAAUGGAUUACAUUAUUUUGGCACAUAAGUGAAGCAUUCAAAAAUACAAUACAAAAAGUGGCUUUAGAAUGCAAUAUAUUGUUUAUUUCCAUAUUAUUGAACAUAAGCCAAUCAUUGGCCUCCAGUUCACAGCAAUCCAUUUUGCAACGGAAUUUGUCAAUCAGUCCGAGAUUUAUUAAAAAUGCUUGUCUAAGGAUGCAUCAGUGUACACCUGCAUCAGCCGUAAGCUUUUGGAGCAUCUCACUUUGGUUUGUUGCGUCAUAAAGGUUCAGUUUUUAGGAUGCUGUGUCAAGCUAAAGAAGUUUGAAACUUAGAACACGUUUUGAGAUCACUGUGUUCAGAUUUGCACUCCAUCAAGCUGUGUUUGAAUGCAAGAAUGUGUUCUUAUCUUGUGUUGUCUGCUCUCAGUAAGUGUGGUUUGUUCUCUGUGUAAGCUGCGUGUUGCCUAUACAUCUGGAAUUCCGCCUACUGCCCCCUGGAGAAAACAAGUGGUACUACAAGCUUGAAUUACUCAGAUGGUAGGAAUAUUCCGUAUUGCGGUCAGGGAACAUGAAUAACUGCGUAAAUGUUUUUAACCCAUUAUUUUAUGUAAAAUUAAAUUGACAGCCCUAAUUGAAAGAAGUCCAUAUGACUCGUGCGCUGUAUUUCAAGUAUUCUGAAGCCAUACGAUAGCUUUGUGUGAGGAACAGACCAAAAUGGAUUCACUUAUAUACUAAAAAUAUGACAUUCUGAUUAAUUAAUUGUAAUUAAUCACAUGUCAUUGUUUGUUGAAAAAGUCCCCCAAAUAAAGAUAAUUAUUAUUUAAGAUAAACAAAGUUGUAAAAAAGAAUUUACUUAAAUAAUCGUAUAUAGGCUAACAAGACUUGGAGACUAAUAGUUCUGACUUGUUUUACAUAUAGUUAUGAAAUAAUAUAUAUGAAUUUACAUAUGUUGUCAUUUGUGACAGCUUAAGGCCGUUGAUUUAGUGGAAAAACAAAAGGUUUUCUGUAAAAAGUGUAUUAGAAAGUAAUUUGAAAGUAUUUAAAAUGUAAUUACUUUUUUGAUGAAAUAAUCAGUAAAUUCAGGUAUCUGAUUACAAUUUUAGAGUAGUAAGUUGUAGACAAUUACUGUUUUUGUGUAACUUACCAAACACUGCUUGAAUUAUCCUAUGGUAGAAAAGUAAGUUUAUAUGUAUAUAUGGUUGGAUAUAAAAUGGGUUUGAACUGUUGCCACAGUUGCUGACAGGUUAAAAAACACUAUUCUUAAGGGGAAAUUCAAGCAUUACAGAUGUUAUAUUUGCAGUCAAAACGAUGUUACACCAGUCUAGGUUUUUGUGCCUGUUUUAGAUGGGUUUAAAAUUCAAAAUUGAUUUUUUUGGAGACCACACAAUUUGUAAAAAUUCUAAAUUUAAAUGCACAAUCCAGAAAUAAUACUUUCCAAAUAAUGUAGAAUGGUUGGCACUUCUAAGAACAUGUAAUAUUUAUUUUUAAUUAAUUGUCAUUUUCAGCAUGAUCGUAGUAAAAGCAGCACUUAGAGAACAUGUAAAGAGAAAACCAUCCAAAAUGUUUUGAAACCUGCUGACUUUGAUCUCUAAGAUAUUGGUAUAUCCAUCAAGGAAGCAUUAUGGAUUGAAUUAAGAUUGAAAUCACACAAUGCGUGAGCUAGCGGCACCCUCUAGCGGCUGUGUGCGGAACAAGCUGAACAGCGCAUCAAUAUAAGAUGAUCCAACGUUUAUCAAAUUACAAUUCACAUCGCAAGUUGGGGUUGUUCGCUAUGCUACAGUCUUUGAAAAUAUUCCUGCUUUUUUUGUCCUUUUGCUGAUCACAUGCCUAUUAAUUAUGUUAAUUCAAUGAUUAUUGCACUACGUUAACACAUCAAAUCAACAACCCUAGUCUGAAUUAUUGGUUUAUGGAUCAAACCGAUUUGGUUUUCACGUUCAGUCGCAGAGGUUAACAGCUCAGAGGAAGGGGAUAUUAUUAGAGAAUAAAGACUUUAUCUCACAAAUGAUUCACAUCGACCACAUUUAUGAUCUUUUUGCAUCCUUUUUGAUGCUUAAAAGCUUCAGUACCUGUUUAUUGUAAUUGCAUAAAAAAAGAGGGACCAACAGUCUUUAGAAUUUCUCUUUUUCUGUUCUACGGAAGAAAGUAAAUCAUUCAGCUUUGGAAUGACGUGAUGGUGAGUAAAUGAUCACAACAUUUUCUUUUUGGGGUGAACUAUUCCUUUAAGCUUUCUCUUAAAUCUUCUUGGGAUUGGUUUUAUGUAAUAAUAUAUUUUAAUGUAAUGCCAUUUUUUACAGGCACCAAGUAAUGGUAAAAUAUGGCGAGAGCCAGAAAAUAAAAUUAACUGUUUACUUUUUGAAGGAUACGGCUUUCUCUGGACUUUCUCCAGUGUUAAUAUAUGCACUUCUAAUCUUACCUGUAAUGCUUGCUUUUUCUUAUUUGUAGCCCGUGUAGCUGUAAUUUCCUGUAGUCCAUGAGCUUAAAGCCGGUUUGUACUUGGAUGCCGCUGUGCUGGAGAAGUGCUUUUUUAUAUUUGUAUUGUGUGAUUUUCUACUGACAGUGGUGGAAAAAGCGUCACCUGUAAAUAUUGUUAAUUUCAUCUAACAAAUUCUCUUUUUUUAACCUUUCGAAAUCUGGGAAAGAACAUAUUGUAUAUGGGAACGUUGCUUGUAAUGCUUUCCUUUUGUGUUUUAAUUUUCAUCCAAUUGAAGGUUGUGCAUUAAUGUUAUGAAUUAUCAAACAUGUCUAUUGCACUUAAGUGUAUUAUCUAAAGGAAUUUAAUUAAUUGCACAUUAUAAUUCUAUUUGAAAGCCAUUUCUUAUCCAUUUAUUGACAUUUUAAAGAAUUGGGAUUCCUUUUACAUUUAAUGAGUUUAUUUUUUUUCUAAAACAUGAUUAAUAUUUUCUUUUUUGUUUUUCAGAUGGAAUGACGGAGAAAGUCAAGUAAAGAAGAGAAACCAAGAAGGUGAUACAUUUGAAAUACGGAGUCAGUUUAUCAGGACUUUUUGCCACAUUUAUAGUCAUAAGCUACAGUCUUUGGUCGCCAGUUAAUUUACCAUGUCAUUCAAAGCCAGACAUUUCAUUGAAGUGUGCACCCUAAAGAAUAUUUCAAGUGUUGGAUGAUGAACUUUUCCUGAACUACUGUUUUUGUGUUGAAUUUGUUUGCCAUUUGUUAUAUUAAUGCUUGUGUUGUUGUAUAAUUCCCUUAUGUGUAGCUCUCAUACAUGUCUGCCUUGAGUAAAAUAACUCAAUUGUUAGAAUUUAGUAUGGGCGGCGGUGGCUCAGGUGGUAGAGCGGGUUGUCCACUAAUCACAGGGUUGGCGUUUCGAUUCCCAGCCCACAUGACUCCACAUGCCGAAGUGUCCUUGGGCAAGACACUGGACCCCAAGUUGCUCCCAAUGGCAGGCUAGCGCCUUGCAUGACGGCUCUGCUGUCAAUGGUGUGUGAGUGUGUAUGUGAAUGAGACACAAUGUAAAGCACUUUAUAGAACCGCUAAGGUUAAAAGGUGCUAUAGAAGUACAGACCAUUUACCAUUUGAAAAAUACAAUGGAUAAAAAAUAAAGUGUAUUAACUUUAAGUCUUUCAUUUCAUCAUUGAUUAAAGGAAUAGUG